GCGACGCAAUAAAGCGGAGUCUCGAGACCCGGGGCGGAGCGCCCAGGGACCCAGGGACACCGACUCCACGGCGAGACUCACAGACGAUAAGGCAGACUCACAUACAUACUCACUCACACACACACACCGAUAGAAUCAGUGAGAUAUAUAUUCGCUGACAAGGGUAGAGACGCACAUACAGCAUAAUUUCUGUGCGGAGGAUCAAAGUGCAGGGCAAGGAUAUCCACUGUCGAUGUGCGUCGCUUUGUGCCUGGGAGGCGUCUUACAGGGUCUACAUUUUGAGACCUCUGUGAGUCCGAAUUCACUAGGUCAGAAACGAAACGAGGAUCUGAGACUCACGGGGGAAGUGAGGCUCUGGGUUGGCUCUUCAACUCAGUACCAAUCCCGUGCAUAGGUAACCACCCAGGAGCGCCCCGACACGAGGAGUGCCCCACGCCUGGGUCCCUGCUCCCUCCAUGAGGCGCGCACGGGGCCCUCCCGGGGCCCUGCUCUGGGACGCGGUGGUGUCGUUUUUCCUGCUGCUGCUGCUGCCUUCCCGCUACACACACGCUGACCUGCCGCUGCCCGCCGUUCCAGCGGACGAGGGCGACGUCUACGAGUACGCGUACAGCUGGCAGGGCGACGCGCACGCCGAGGACUCCGAGAUUUCCACGGGCCCUGGAGGAUGGACGUGGGGUCCGGCCUUCCACCCGCGGCGGCCGGCGUGCGUGCCCAUCCCUCCCGAGCUGCGGCUGUGCCACGGCAUCGGCUACGCGUCGAUGCGCCUCCCCAACCUGCUGGACCACGACAGCAUGGGCGAGGUGCUGCAGCAGGCGGGAGCGUGGGUCCCGCUGUUGGCGCGGCGCUGCCACCCGGACGCGCGGCUGCUCCUCUGCGCGCUCUUCGCGCCCGUGUGCCUGGCGCGCCCCGUGGCGCCGUGCCGCGCGCUCUGCGCGUCCGUGCGCGCCGCAUGCGCUCCGCUCAUGGACGCGUUCGGCUUCCCGUGGCCCGAGAUGUUGCGCUGCGAGAGAUUCCCGCUCGAUCGAGACCUCUGCAUCGGUCUCCAGUUCCAGUCCAAGGGCGGGCAACACGCGGCGCAGCCGGCCUCCGAGCUCUGCCCGCAGUGUGAGAGCGACGUCCUGCCCGACACCAUCGCGGAUCUGUACUGCGCCAGCGAGUUCGCCCUGAGAAUGCGCAUCAAGGAGGUCCGUCGCACCGAGCGGGACCGCCGCGUCAUCGGGAGCCGCAAGAGGCGGCGGAUCCUGCGCGCGGGGCCCCUGCGGCCCCGGGACCUGCGGCGCCUCGUACUGACGCUGAGGAACGGGGCGCGCUGCUCGUGCCCGCAGCUCGACGGGCCCCGCGGGGCCGCUCCCCUCCUCGUCAUGGGUCGCCGCGCGGGACCGCGCCUCCUGCUCACGGCCGCCUUCCGCCUCGACGGCGGUGGCGGCGGGGCCGCGCGCGCCGCGCUGCGCCGUCUCAAGGGACACGCGUGUCCCGCGCUCCACUCGGCGCUCUGAAGGAGGGCCCCGAUGGCACGACCUCCGCUGUGGGUGCCUCUGCAGUCACGGCCAAGCCGUGGACAUUUAGUAGCACGGUCGGUGCGUGACGUCUCUUGCCGAUUGUGUCUCGCGGUGAUUCUGAUCUCUGGAUCGUGUUGCUUGAUCUGCAGAACGCAGAAUAAAUUUGAUUGCGCGCGACUUGAGCCCCACUCUCGUCACCCGUGCGCACGCCUUUGAUUACAGACAUUGGUCAGGGUCCCAGUGAGAGAUCCACAGAAGAGGUUGACCGCCGGCGGCUCAGUAUUUCUGACACGGUCGUGACAAAUCCCCUGAGCCGGCACCGUGGAUACCGGGUUCCGGCCGCCCGUGAUUAAUCCGGGUUCUCAGUCGUGGCGAGGUCACCACGGACGACUGCAUAAAAAACCCAUCGCACUAAAUUCGUGUGGGUUUUUUUUUCUCUCUCUCCAUCUUAAUUCGGCAAAACCACGAUAAACGCGGCGUUCGGAGUGCCCCGCGACCAGCACAGCACUUCGUCCAU